CAUAUCCCACCUUAUCCUCGUGAAUCCAAAGUUAUGAACCGAAAUUCUUGUUAAUCCAGAAUAGAGCUUUGACGACUAGGCAAUGCUUCCUCCGUUGUUGUGGAGUACCGUGGACAAAACAUAUGUGACCAACCACAAUACCGGAAAGAUUGUUCGUCCGACUCGAUCUCCGACUUAUCGGACUCAGAUCACGAACAUUCAUCGUUGGCUACUGCAGUAUCCACACGUGGUGAGUGGCAUAUUGGACCAAUGUAGGCGUGGAAGAACUUGCCCUGGAGAAUAGAGUAAGUGCGAUAUCGUACAACUGACCCCUGACAGACAAGGUGAGUCGGGAGAAUUGGGAGCACCGUCGGGGCCCCUUGACUUUGCCUUUGCGAAAUCACGUCGUCGAGAAACAACAAAGUACGGUGGAUUUGUUCUUUUAGGCACAAGUAUAAGAGUCGAUGUUGAGACCACGGACAUGGGUGAAGACAUACACCACUACAGCACUUUACUUAACUCUGCUCUACUACCACUGACAGCAAUACAAUACAAUACAACACAACACAACACAACACAACACACCAACCGUCUACCAAGUUCCUCCCUGUCACGCGUAGAUAGACACCAAAAUUGAGAACGAACAUGUCCAAAACAAUCGCGGUUCUCGGUGCGACAGGGACACAGGGCGGUUCCGUUGUCCGCACCUUUCUCACCCUCCCCGGCUGGAAAGUGCGAGCCAUAACGCGCACCCCAUCGUCUCUUGCAGCUCAGAACCUUGCCUCGUCCGGUGCAGAAGUGGUCCGAGCUGACUUGGACGACCCCAAGUCUCUCGACGCCGCGUUUUUCGGAGCACACGCCAUCUUCGCCGUCACCGACUUUUGGCAAUUCGCUCAAUCUCCCAAGACGCACGAACUCGCCGCCAAAGAGGGCAUCACGUGGAACGAGGCCGCCUACCGCCUCGAAGCCCAGCACGGAUUCAACAUCAUGGAUGCAGCCGCUAGAGCCUGUGCGGGUGUCACGACCGCAGAAGGUGAAGGUGAAGGUGACUGUGUCCUGGAACGACUCGUGUUCAGUUCCUUGAGUGGGGCCAGACGGGCAAGCAAGGGCAAGAACAGUUGGGUCUACCACUUUGACAGCAAGAGGCGCGUGGUGGACUAUCUUGCCGAAAAGGCCUCGGGUGGUGGUCCCGUGAGUGGUGGUGGUCAGGAAGACCAACGACAAUACCAACAAAUCUACAAGGCCCUGCUGGACCGUACGAGUUAUGUACAGAUAGGGUGGUUCCUGGACAAUUGGAGCAAGAAUCCGCUCCUCAUGCCCAAGAAGGACGAAACGGGAAUAUACACUUUCAAAUGGAUCGGGUCUCCUUCGUCCGCCCCGCAGCACCUCCUCCCUUUCACCCACCCUCCCACCGACACGGGGGCGUUCGUCGAGGCCCUCGUGCUCAAGGCGCCACCAGGCACGACCAUGUUGGGAGUUUCCGACCUCAUGGGUUACUCCGAGUUCGUGGACAGAUGGGCCGCGUUCCACGGCGUCGAGGCCCGGCUCGACCACCUGUCCGUCGAGGACCUGGACGCCAUGAUGCCCGGAGGGUUCGGGAUCGAGGUGGCGCAGACCUCGGCCUACGUCGCCGAGUUUGGCUGGGACGGCGGCGAGGGCGCCGUCAUGCCGGAGAGCGUCGGCGUCGACCCGGCCCAACUCACGGGCGUGGACGAGUACAUCCGCACCGCGGAUUGGAAGGUCGUGUUUGAACAGUGAGUUGUUGUUUACCUCACAUUACGGACCAACUCUCCAAGCACCUAAUAUAGAGUGACCAAUAUAUCCUACUGAAUUUACCCACCUGGGCAACAAGACGACAAUGAGAUACUUUACUAAAAA